UGAAUUUCAACCUCAACAAUCAAACCAUUCUUGGCUUUGUUUUUGCUUUUACUUUUGGAUCAAGUGGUCAACCCUUAUCUUCAAUAGCCAACACUGCUUUUGUCUUCCUUUGCUUCUAUUCCGUGUGUUAAUGCCUUUAACAAUAAUAAUAAUAAUACGAGUAAAUACUAAACGCCCUUUUUUUUCCUCUGCUCUGACCUCUCAGACUUUCCAACCCUUCCCUCUCUCUCUUUCUCUCUCUCUCUUCUUUUUUCCGUUUCUGUGUGUUGGGUGCAUACACGCACACACUCGCGAGGAAGAAAACGCAUCAGGGGAUUCUACUAAUUUUUAUAUGUUGAAGACAUGAGCAGAAGUUCAUCUGUUGCAGGUGCCUCCCGCCCUGUUAAAGAAGCCGGCUUCUUUACCAAGAUCAAGAAUGUUGCUUGCCUCAAGUCUUCUUCAUCAGACAAAGGAAAAGGUGGAAAAGGGAAAAGUAAGUCAUCGAGUACCAAAGUGUCCCACGGAUUCCACUUAGUCGAAGGUCAAUCAGGCCAUGAUAUGGAAGAUUACCAUGUUGCUGAAUACAGAAAAAGGAGGAAUCAUACGCUUGGAUUGUUUGCAAUCUUUGAUGGUCACUUGGGGGAUCGCGUGCCCACUUAUUUGAAAGACAACCUGUUCAACAAUAUACUCGAAGAGCCAAAUUUCUGGAAAGACCCUGAGGCAGCAAUAAGGAAUGCAUACCGCUCCACGGAUAGGGUCAUAUUGGACAACUCUAUGCAAUUAGGGCCAGGUGGCUCUACUGCUGUAACUGCGAUUGUUAUUGAUGGCAAAGAUUUAUGGGUAGCAAACAUUGGUGACUCAAGAGCUGUUGUGUGUGAGAGGGGCUCUGCCAAUCAAAUUACCGUGGACCAUGAGCCGCAUGCUGAACGAAGAAGGAUAGAGAAGCAGGGUGGCUUUGUGACUACUCUUCCAGGAGAUGUGCCUAGGGUUAAUGGCCAACUUGCAGUUGCACGGGCUUUUGGGGAUCAAAGCCUUAAAGCACAUUUAAGCUCAGAACCUGAUGUCAGACAUGUUCCCAUAGACUCGACUAUUGACUUUGUAAUACUGGCUAGUGAUGGAUUAUGGAAGGUUAUGAAGAAUGAAGAGGCAGUUAAUUUGGUGAAAUCCAUAAAGGACCCUCAAGCAGCAGCUAAACGAUUAACAACUGAAGCAUUGGCAAGAAAGAGCAAAGAUGAUAUAUCAUGCAUUGUAAUUCGUUUUGGUUGAUGCUACUAAGGCCAAAGCUUUUGUUGGCAUUGUUCCUCCUGAACCUUCUGUUGGUUGGUUCCAUUGGAAGGUGUACAUAGGGGAACUCUUUGACAUGGAGAGCUUCAUCUAUGUGGUACAUGUCUUUGUAGGGAUAGUGAUGUCUGAGCAAGUUGAGAUAGCAGUGUGAUGCAUUUUUGUGUUCCCCGGGAUAUUCCUCAUCAAUCCAUGAACAGGUUUGCAUAUCUAGAUGUCCCGGGGCUUGGGUGAUUCUAUCAUAAGACCUGUGAUUCAAAUACGAAAGGUAGAACAGAGAUUGAUUCUAAUCAGGUGUGUAUACUGUGUGGAUAGAAAUAAAGUUAUUAUACAAAUACUUCCAUGUACUAUAUGCAUAUUUAGUAUGUUGUCGCCGGCUGUUAUGCGAAAACUACCACCACUAUAAUCA